AAUGGCUCAUUUACUGGCUGAAACUCGGUGAUGACAACACGAAAAGGCCAUAGCAACACUUGGGAGAUUUGUAACAGACGGGAGGUUCGGCCUUGGGAAGGACUUUCUCCACAACGACGCAAACUUUGGCCAUGGGGCUGAAACAGCAGCCUGGGCUGCUGCUGAAGCGCGUCCGUCUGAACCAAUCACAGAGGCGCUUUGACCCCUCUCUAAUCCAGGACGUCGCUGGCAGGUGCGCAGCAGCACCGGUACCGAGCAUUUCACCGGUUCUGUCUAGUCUGGCGGCUGGCCGCGAGUCAGUCAUCACCGCUCCACCUCCGUCUGACUGUGAGCCGCAGCCAUUGACAUGGAGAGGAGCUCCGGGACUGAAGGUCGCGGGUUUCUCUGCCCUGAGAAACAUGUUCGUGCGAGAACUGAAUACCUCCUCCAGGGUCUUCCAAUACGACCUGAAACCAGACAUACCAAAAGCCGAAGGCCGCAAGCUGUUUUUUGACACUCACGCGGUUGUGCGACUCCUCGAGGAAAACGGAUUCAGCACUCAGCAAGCUGAAGUGUUGGUUAAAGUGCUGAUCGGGACGACAAACUCCAACAUGGAUUUGGUUUAUACUGACAUGGUGACCAAAGUGCAACAGGAAAUCAUGUUGCAGCAAGUAAUGUCUAAAAUAGCAGCUGUAAAAAAGGACAUGAUUAUCCUUGAGAAGAGCGAGUUCUUCACUCUUCUCACUGAAAAUGAGAAACUCAAGAUCCAGUUAUUCCAGCUCAAAAUCCAAUUGGCUGAUGUGAUGAACAAAGUACGCUCGGAUAAUAUUUUGGACUUGAAUUUGGAGAAAAGCCGCGCAAAAGAGCUGAAAGCAGAACAUGAAAAGAAGCUUCUGGAAACAAGAACUGAAAUUCUGGAAAUGACGGCAGAGCAGGAUCGCCAUCUAACCCAAAUCAACAUGAAAAUAGACACAGAAGUAGCUGGUCUGAAAACCAUGCUGGAGUCUCAUAAACUGGACACCAUCAAAUAUCUCGCUGGUUCAGUGUUCACCUGCCUCACUGUGAUUUUGGGUUUUUACCGAAUUUGGAUGUGAGAGGAAGUUAACGACGACUGCAACGGCGCCGACAGUGAACUUGUAACAGCGGAAGAGCAGCUAUUUCGUGAUGAAUCUCAAUUUCAUUCCCAUUAUUCUUUUUUUAUUUACGGACAAUCCAAACAUUCUGGCGUCUGAGAAAAAAAAAUCAGAUCUUAUUUUUCUGCUUUUUGGUUUCAGUUAAUCAUACAGUAUUUCUCUCUUUCACAGAUACUUUGCAUUCCCUACCUGUAAAAAACAGUUGUGCAUUUCUUACAAUGGUUUUUAGUUUUUCUAAGGUAAUGGAUGCAUUUCAUAACAUUUAUUUCCUACCAGUAUUUAUUCAUAAUGUCAGCGUAUUUCCUCUGCACACUCAAGACGACAAAAAGGACUCAAAUGAUGUUAUGAUGUACUGAAAGUUGUGAUUAACUCUCAGUAACGUCAUUAUCUUGUUUUAGUGAAUCUCAUCUGGUCAUCAGUAAAACCUUUUGACGAUUAUAAAUGUAUUAUUAUGAGUAGGUGCAUAUUAGCAAUUGUAUUUUUAUUUCAUUUUUAAAAAAAUUAAUUUUCAACAAAGCCAAUUGUUUAAUCGAAUCAUUUUAAAAGUGUGUAUUUUUGUACCUUGCACAUGUUUAUAUGCAUAUCAUGCUGUACAUGUUAUAUUGUUUUUGGUUUCAGUUAAUAACAUGUUUUAAUUAAUUUUCAGAUUAUGUUUAAUUAAAAUUUAAUUGCAAUCAACCAAACUUACUUAAAAUCAGCUCCGGUGGUGUCGAAAUUAUGUAUAAAUAUAUAUAUUUUUUGUCAAGUCUGGCAGAGCUUUGAAAGCAAUAUUUCAAUAAUUAUUCACUUUUUGCACAAAUAAACGCGCAAAAAAACCAACUUCAUGGCUUUAUUAGCCUGAUCCAACUCUUCAUCCGAAGGUUUCUAUUUCUAACUUACUGAAUAUCAUUUUAUGGUAAUCAGUUUAACUGAGUUUUCUUUUUCUUUUCUAUUCAAGGAGCUUUUUUGUUUAUAAUGUUGAAUAAAAAGAUUUCACUUA